AUGGCUUCAGUAGAAACAGCGCCACAGCCAGGGGUGCAACUGGAACCCUCUAUUCCUCAACUCUUCACCACUGAUCCUCCUAUCCGCGAUAGCCUACCCACAGAGUCGUCUCGUUUACAGGACAACACCAUAGACGAAGUGCUACCCUACCUCAAGGGCGAAGAGUACGAGCAAUGCAACUCCCACGGUCUGCCUCACCUGGACCGCCGUCGCCAUGUCAACUUCUUGCAUAAGCAGCUGGGUAAAUUACCUGCCGCCUUCACAUCCGCUGACCCCAGCCGACCCUGGUUCUUCUAUUGGUGUCUCUCUGCUCUAGUUCUUCUAGGAGAGGACGUCGAGGCGUACCGGGAGAGACUUGUUGAUACUGUUCUACCUAUGCAGAACCCAGAUGGAGGCUUCGCUGGCGGCUUCGGACAUACCUCGCAUCUCGCCACCUCCUAUGCAACCGUCCUGUCUCUGGCUCUGGUCGGCGGUGAAGACGCCUACGAAUGUAUUGACCGGCGAGCCAUGUGGAGAUGGCUAUGCUCGCUCAAGCAGCCUGAUGGAGGGUUCCAGAUGGCCCUGGGCGGCGAGGAGGACGUCAGGGGUGCCUACUGUGCGGCCGUCAUUAUCUCUCUGCUCAAUCUCCCUCUUGAGCUAUCACAGGAUUCUCCCGCACGAUCUGCUGGCCACACUGGUCUGUUUGCAGGACUUGCCGACUAUGUACACAGAUGCCAAACGCACGAGGGCGGCGUGUCGGCAAAGCCGGGCAUCGAAGCACACGGUGCAUAUGCCUUUUGCGCUCUUGGGUGCCUUUCAAUUCUUGAUUCUCCACAUCGAGCCAUCCCGCGGUAUGUCUUUCUCCCUUUCUUUGUCCACUCAGAUUUUGACAUGAAAGCGGUGCAUGCUAACCUAGCCCUGAUCAUCCGGGCUCUUAGGCAUCUCAAUGUACCACUGCUCAUCUCUUGGCUAUCUUCUCGUCAGUACGCCCCUGAGGGUGGUUUCUCGGGUCGCACAAACAAGCUAGUCGACGGUUGUUACAGUCACUGGGUCGGAGGAUGCUGGCCCCUCAUCGAGGCCGCGCUCAACGGACCCGGGUCGGGACAUGAAGGGCAAGAGGCCAACUUAGGUGACCGCCCACUACCUGCGGCCCAGGAUAGCCUCUUCAGUCGCGACGGUCUGAUCCGGUACUCGGACGCAUACCACACGUGCUACGUACUUUCUGGCUUGAGCUCAGCGCAGCACAGGUGGACAUUGAGUGCUGCUCGUCCUCACGAGGCGGAUGUCAAGGGCGAUUCCUGGUCUGUAACACCUUAUAUGGAGGGGGAGCAGAUCUUUGACGAAGAGGAUCGCGUUGCCACUGUGCACCCAGUUUAUGUUAUUCCACAGCACAAAGUGGAGGACAUGCAGAAUUACUUUUCAAACAAGCAUGGUUUUUAG